ACGGGGAAACCUUCAGACUUGACCUCCAUGUGUUAAAACGGUUUGCCAUGGGCCUUGCUGCAGAAACACCCUAAACCCUGCUGGAAACACUGAUUGGCUAGCUGGCCACCCCAGAAGCUUGUGAACCAUUUCGCUGAGAAGAGCAGGCUAUGAAACUGGAUCCCUGAGUUUGCCAUGUUGGCUCCACGGCGCCAUGUUUUCCUAUGCAAUACUGACGCUACAGUGGAUCCGAAAUGGCGCCAGUUUCCCCGCUCCCUGCUGGGUAACGCGCAUGCUCUGGUGGAGUCUGUUUCCUCACAGGGUGUUUACUGUGUGCGAGUGAGAGUCGUUGUAGUUUAAUUAAACGGCAUAACUGUUUUGCUGUUUGCUUUUUUUUUUUUAACUGAAUUUAAACCAUAUUGUUUUAGUUAAAUACUAAAGAGACGAGAGUAAGGAAAGAAACGACGCCGUACGCUGACUGCAGAGAGCGAGACUCAGCUGUACAGAAUAAGACUCUAAACUCCGGGAGCUCUAUAGAAUCUAUAGGGCUGGAAAUUCGGCUCCCUGGAAGGAAGUGCCUGAGAUGGAAGCAGCUCCCUUCAGCACAGAGCGUCCUCUUCGAUGGGUUGUUUCUGCAGACAGGACUGUGGAGAUCAAGGAGGAAGUGACUGAGCUGGGGUGUGAGCCGGCCAGUGAGCAGAUCCUGCAGGAGGAAACGCCACCUUCUAGCAUCACCGAGAGAGAUGCAGGGGGUAUGGAUCCAGCAGAAGAAGAUCUUCUUGAUGAAGAGCUGAUGAUUGAAGAGACAGAAGAAUCAUCCGACGAAGAGGCGCCCCCUUCUACUUCCACUAGGGGCAGCUCAUCAAGAUCAAGAUUCCCUGCUUGUUUUUCUUAUGAUGACGCAGACCCUGCUGUGCCUGGGCAGAUUCCAUUUAGACCUCGUCGUCCCGUCGGAAUAGACCUUGGCUGCCUGGCACGUGGAUCAGUGACUAAAGAAAUGGAUUUCUUCCAGCUUUUCUUCACCAGUGCGGUCCUCUCAAAGAUCUGCGAGUACACCAAUGCAUAUGCAUGGCGCCACGUCGUUGACAAGCCAUCUUACGGUGAUGCACAUGGAUCGUGGGUCGAUGUGACGGCGGAGGAGAUGCUCAAAUUAAUUGGCCUCAUUAUAUAUAUGGGCGUAACUCCAUUGCCACGUGUGUCCAGAUACUGGAGCACAGCACCUCUACGGCACGGUCUCUGGGCACGUGCUUACAUGUGCAGGGAGCGCUUCAGGGCAUUGCUUGCAGUGUUUCAUCUCGUGCAUCCGGAUGAAGAGGACCACAGUGACGGGUUGCAGAAGUUGCGUUACCUGCUGGAUCACAUGAGGACCACAUGCCAGGCACUUUACCAGCCAAAGAGGAACCUGUCUAUUGAAGAGCGGAUGGUGAAGUCCAAGGGAAGAUCUGGGAUGAGGCAGUACAUCAAGGACAAACCAACGCGCUGGGGCUUCAAGCUGUGGGUGAUGGCCUGCUCUAACACUGGCUACACGUAUGACUUCGAUGUGUACGCUGGGAGUAAAGAGGGACGUACGUACGACUUGGCCAAAAAAGUUGUUCUUCAGUUGUCACAACCACUGGUGAACCAAGGUUACUAUCUUUGGUUUGACAAUUACUACACGUCCCCAUCUCUGCUAUCUGAACUGAGAGAACGUGGAUUUUUGGCUUGUGGGAUCUAUAAUCCCAACAGGAGACGGUUUCCAAGAUGCUUGAAGGACUACAAGACAUGGGAAAAGAAGGCGAAAUGUGGAGAUAUGAGGUGGCACCGUAUGGAAGAAGGAAACAUCCUGGCCAUGCAAUGGAAGGAUUCCCGCACUGUGACAGUCCUUUCCACAUUGCACAGGGCAACAGAUGCUGUAACAGUCCAAAGACACGUCAAGGAGAAUGGGAAAUGGACUGUCAAAGAUGUUCAACAACCACUGGCAAUACACGAUUAUAACCAGAACAUGGGAGGUGUUGACAAGUCCGACCAGCUGAUAGAGAAAUACGACGUGCAUAUCAAGCCCUUGAAGUGGUGGCAGACCUUGUUCUUCCAUUUCAUCGAUAUUGCAGUAGUGAACAGCUACAUUUUAUUUCAGGAGUGGCGAGCCCAAAAUCCACAGAAUGAAAAUCUUACAAGAAUUUCCAGAUACGCACAGCUGGAAUUCAGAGAGGAACUGGCAUGUCAGCUGGGAGGCAUUGAAAAAGACGCUGACGUGCCCCUGUAUGCCCCUUGCAUGAACCUGGACAGUCCAAAAACACCAUCUUCAUCCUUCCACGCUGACCAUAUUCCUGAACUUGCUGAACUGAGAAGGAACUGUUAUCUGUGCUACAAAAGGACAAAAAGGGAAAUGAAGUCCACUUUUUACUGCAGUGGUCCAGGGUGUGAUGGCAAACCGUUCUGCUUGAACAAAUCACGCAACUGUUUCAAAGUGUGGCACACGACAGAUGGGGACAAAUAUCGGGAUGACCCACAGUAGUGCUGUAGUGUCUGGCAGCACCUGCAUACCCUUCACUGUUUACGAGUUGAUACUUGUUCUUAACAGUUUUGCUUUCAAUAAAUAACCAGUUUUAUUUUUUUUUAUUUUUCUGGAAAAACAA